AGCGCGAAUUUCGACGAACCCAAGUUAUAAAAAUAAAAACAAACAUUUUUACAACCUUUUCUACAAGCAAAAUGCCAUCAGAAACAGAAAUGGAAGUAGAUGAAAUUAACGGUGAAGGCAAUGGGGCAGUUCAAGAAAGAAGUGCUCCACUAACCUUUAACCCAGCAGAUUAUGGUCCAGUCGAAGUUCCAGAGGCUGUUAUGUCAGUGGCCACUUAUGAAACCAAUGGUCCACGUCUCAUGAUCACUCAGAUUGUCAAUGAAAAUUUCAAGUCUUAUGCUGGAGUGCAAACCUUAGGGCCAUUUAACAAGAAUUUCACAGCCAUUAUUGGUCCCAACGGAAGCGGUAAAUCGAAUGUUAUCGACUCCAUGCUCUUUGUGUUUGGGUUCCGUGCCAACAAGAUCCGCUCUAAAAAAAUCAGCAUCCUGAUUCACAACAGCGACAAGCACCAAGACAUCAACAGCUGCUCUGUAGCUGUACAUUUCCAGAAGAUUAUUGACAAUGAGGCAGGUGACGGCUAUACAGUUGUACCCAAUAGUGAGCUCGUGGUGUCUCGGACGGCUUACCGAGACAAUAGCUCGUGUUACUUCCUGAACGGCAAGAAAACAAACUUCAAGGAAGUGGCGCAGGUGUUGAGGAGCAGUGGAAUCGACUUGGACCACAACAGAUUUCUGAUCUUACAGGGAGAGGUGGAACAAAUAGCAAUGAUGAAGCCCAAGGCUUUAACCGAGCAUGAAGAUGGCAUGCUUGAGUUCUUGGAAGACAUCAUUGGUUCUAACCGGUUCAAGCAGCCGAUAGAGAUCCUGAGCAAGAGAGUUGAGACGUUGAAUGAUCUACGCUCUGAGAAGCUGAACAGAGUCAAGGCUGUGGAGAAAGAAAUGGAAAAUCUGGAAGGACCUAAAAAUGAGGCUAUGGAGUUUAUCCUAUUGGAGAAUGAGCUGAUGCUGCUAAAAAAUAAACUCUACCAGAAGUACAUAAUGGAGUGUGCUGAGAAUGAAGCCAAGGCGCAGACAGAGUUUGACAAAGUCAAUGAGGCUUUUAAAGCUUUUCAAGAGAAGCUUGCUGCGGUCAAGGACAAUAAAAACACAAAGUUGAAAGAAUAUAAUAAAAUCAGAAAAGAAUAUGAUAAGCUGGUCAAGGCUUGUGAAGAGAACAAAGAGAAGUUCUCCGAGAUGGAAAGCAUGGAUGCCAAGUGUCGUGAAGACAUCAAGCUCAAUAAAACUAAAGUCAAGAAAUUGGAGAAGUCAUUGGAGCUAGAGAUGGCCAAGGUAGAGGAGUACAAACUUGUCCCAGAGCAGGCUGAAGCAGCGUGUGCUGACCUCCAAAAGAAGCUGAACAACCUGGAGAAGGCCAAGGAGAAAGAAGAGCAGAACGAGAAGGCUGUGAUGGACAGUUUGAAAGAUGAAACAAAGGAAUUACAAGAAGAGAAAGAUAUAAAGGAAGCUAAGCUGCUGGAGCAACAGGGAGAUCUGAAUGAUAAAAAAUCCAAGUUACAAGUGGCAGAGUCGGAGCUUGAGAUCUAUACUAGCCGCCAGAAUGCAGAAACCAAAAAGAUGGAGACCAUCAAGAAAUCGUUGAAAGAGGCGGAAGAAACUUUGGCCAAGCGUCAGCAAGAUACUCAACGUCUUGAAACAGAAAUGCCAAAACUGGAAGAAUCUUUAUCAAAGGCCAAGAAAGAACUGAUACAAGUCACUAAAGCUACUGACCAGUGUGAAGAAAAGAGAAACAAGUUGAGAAGUAACGUUGAAGAGGUCAAAAGUUCAAUGGCAGCCUCUAAAAGUCAAAACCGAGUUCUGAAUGCCUUGAUGGCGGAGAAGAAGAAAGGGACUAUGCCUGGAAUAUAUGGCAGACUGGGAGAUCUGGGCGGCAUUGAUGGCAAAUACGAUGUUGCCAUAUCCACGGCCUGUGGAAGCUUGGACAAUAUCGUUGUGGACACCAUCGACACGGGAAAGAGAUGCAUUGAGUUCUUGAAGCAGAACAAUGUUGGGCAUGGUCAGUUUAUUUUGCUGGACAAAAUGGAGAAGUGGAGAAAGGACACCACCAAAAAAAUUAUCACGCCUGAGAAUGUUCCACGUCUGUUUGACCUUAUCCAGGUGAAGGACGAAAUAGUCAAGACAUGUUUCUACUUUGCACUGAGGGAUACUCUUGUGGCUACUGACAUCAACCAGGCCACAAGGAUCGCCUACGGCAAACAGAGGUACAGGGUGGUGACUUUGAAAGGGGAGCUUAUUGAAAUGACAGGGGCUAUGAGUGGCGGUGGUAACACUGUAUGCAAAGGUAAAAUGGGAUCUGCUGCCGUCUCUGAUGUUGACCCUAAAGAUGUUGCAGAGAUGGAGAAGACUUUAGAACAGCUGAAUGGGGAAUCGGCAACACUGCGGCAGAGGAAGUUCAAGCUAGAGGACACAAUAGCCCAGCAGGAAAAAGAUCUGACCAUUCUGAAACACGAUCUCAAGAAAUUUACCAUUGAACUUCAGGGUCUGAAAGAACAAAUUUCUGCCCUGAGGAAGCAGCAGAAAGAACAAGAAACUUUGAUGAGUUCUAUUGUGGUAGAUCAAAACAAGCUGAACAGUCUGCAAGCAGUGGUAGACAGGUGUAGGAAAGACUAUGAAAAAGUUGCCAACACAGCGCAUGUUCUGGAGGAGGAGAUAAAAGAGCUUCACAACCAGAUCCUCGACAUCGGUGGUGCUAAACUUAGUGCUGUCCAGACUCGACUAAAAGCCAUAAAGAAUGACAUUGACAAAAUUGUUGGUCAGAUAACAAAGAACACAGUUGGAGUUAAAACGUCAGAAAGAAAUUUAAAACGAGUCCAAGAAAAGGUUGCCUCCCUCAAAGAUGAAAUUGAGGAAACUCUGCAGUUGAUUGUGACUCUAACCCAACAGCUGAAAGACAAUGAAGGGGAGGGCACCAAUCUACUUCAGCUCUAUGAGAAAGCUCAAGCGGACGUGAAAGAGAAAGAGGGAACACUGGGAGCUAUGAAAAAGGAGGUGGAAGAGUUAGAGGAGCACGAGUCGGACUUGGCCAAGGAUGGAGUGGACUUUCAACAUGAGCUGGAGAAGUACGAAACACUUCUUAAAGAAAACAAGAGUAAAAUCAAACAUUGGAGGAAAGAGAUGAGUUUGUUAAAAUUAACGCCCACUAGUCUUGAGGAGGAACGGGCAGGGCUGACGUUGCCGACACUAAGUGAGGAGGAGCUACAGAGGUUAAACAGACAGGAAGUGCAGAUGGGUAUCACCGUACAGGAGGAGAAGCUAUCUUCCAUGAAGCCAAACAUGGCUGCCAUUGCUGAAUAUAGGAAAAAGGAAGAGCUGUACCUCCAAAGGGUCGGAGAACUCGACCAGAUUACAAACUUCCGGGACGAGCAGAGAAGAAAUCAUGACAACCUUCGUAAACAGAGACUGGAGGAAUUCAUGGCUGGAUUUCAGGUGAUUACAUAUAAACUUAAGGAGAUGUAUCAGAUGAUAACACUGGGCGGUGACGCAGAGCUCGAGCUGGUGGACUCCCUAGACCCCUUUUCAGAGGGCAUUGUCUUCAGCGUGAGGCCACCGAGCAAGUCAUGGAAGAAUAUUUCCAACUUGUCAGGAGGGGAGAAAACUCUGUCCUCCUUAGCCUUGGUCUUUGCCCUGCACCAUUAUAAGCCCACACCUUUCUACGUCAUGGACGAGAUUGACGCUGCCCUCGACUUUAAGAACGUCUCCAUAGUAGCUAAUUACAUUAAGGAGCGCACAAAAAAUGCACAGUUUAUCAUCAUCUCCCUGAGGAACAACAUGUUUGAGUUGGCAGACCGGCUGAUAGGCAUCUACAAGACGCACAACUGCACUAAAUCUGUCACCCUGAACCCCAGCAAACUUCUGGAUGAUUUCAGUAAUAGGAUACGGGAGAUCCAUAAUGUUGACAUCAAUAACUAUUAAUUUACUGCUCUAAACUUGUUUCUUGUACAUAACUUUAAUUCUGUUGACAUCAAUAAUGAUUAAUUCACUGUUUUUUUUCUUGUUUCUUGUACAUUACUUUGAUACAGUUGAAGGAAUAAACCAUGGCUGUCUAGCAGCUGUUUGAAUCUGUACAGCUUGAGGGAAAUUUUUAAUGAAUAUUUAUGUUACAUAGUAUUUUCAAAGUGAAAGAGUUAUAUAUUAUUUCUACCAAUUUUAAAGUCCUUCAGACAGAAAUGUGUUAAGAGACCUGACAGUUAAUAUAAGCCUUACAGCUGGAGCCCUUGAUGGAUGUUAUUAUUAUUAUUAUUAUAGCUUUUUUAUAUAGCAUGCUCAGAGUGCUUUUGGUCCAAUCUCAUUUGUGGACCAGUGGGGGGGAGGGGGUAUCUAGGAGUUGGUUUUCCGAGCUGCCUUUUGGCGCUCAGUAAACACAACUCUGCCCGAGUCGGGUGUCGAACCUCGAGCCCCCUUCUAGGUAGCCAAGUUCAAGUGCACUUAGCCUCUUGACCAUGCUUCCCACAUAAGUUUUGUUAAGAGACCUGACAGUUAUUAUAAGCCUUACAGCUGGAGCCCUUGAUGGAUGUUAGAAAAACUAAAACAAUUUGGUGGUAUCAUGUUUUACCAUACUUCUUGGUAUUUGUUUAUUGUACAGAUUGUAUCAGUUAUAAAACAUGAACUCGGUAUAAA